GAUUACAUCAUCGUGAGGAAGCCGGGCGGCCGGACAACCAAUAGGAACCGACUUCAAGUGGUGGAAGGAUUCUCGCGGAAGCAGAGCCGCAUGCCGGGGGGGCCGCCGCGUUCCAUGCCGUGUGAGAGGAUCAGCGACCAGAAGAUCCUGGAGCUGACCCAGAAGAUGAUGGAGCUGGUAGAUGGGACUAGAGGACACCGGGAUUUGUACAAGGACGUGGUGAUGGAGGACCGCCAGAGCCGCCUGUCUCCAGACCGCUCGCCGAGCAGCCAGACGGACGGAGAGAUCGGCUUCCCCGUGGUGGCAUUGGAUGGUGAACCCGAAGAUAGUAUGAUCAUCGAUACCGGGCCGGAGGACGUAGACGCAUGUGAAGGAGACUUGGGGCCAGGGGGCGUAGACGCAUGUGACACAACUGCAAGCUCUGUGGAAGGUUAUGGAAUCCGAAUUAAGGAGGAGCCUGUGUCUGAUGAAGAAGGCGGCGUUGCCGACGGCAACCUUUCCACCCCAAUUCCCUAUACUUGUGUCCGAAUUAAGGAGGAACCCCCCAUGUUUGAGGAAGUCCCCGGUGAUGACGCAGGCCACAUUAAGGAAGAGACCGUACCAGCUGAAGAAGACAAUUGCUCCACUCCGAACAUUUACACCCCCAGAGAUCAGGGAGAGUUCAGCCCCACCCACAUCAAGGAAGAGCCAGUAACGUUCCUCAAUGUAUUGGACAUUUCCAGGCAAGCCGAUGGGACGCAUGUCCCCCCCACACGCACCGCUCCAGAGACACUAGCAUAUGAAGUGGAGAUUCCGGUGGACAAGGCGCCUGUGAAGGGUCCGGACAAUGCGUCCUUGUACAGCGUGCGUCAGAAGGAGGACUCCAUGGAGAUCUUGUAUCACUGUCCCAGCUGCUACAAAGGGUUCUCCAGUAACCUGGACCUCGCCCGUCACCAAGUCAUCCACACUGUAGACAAGCUCUUCAUCUGUUCCCUGUGUGGGAAGAGUUUCACCGAGAUGUCCUUUCUGGUCAAACACCAAGUCAUCCACACGGACCUCAAGCUGUGCGUCUGCCCCGUGUGCGGGGGAUGUUUCUACAGCGAGACGUCCCUGGCCAAGCACCAGAAAACGCAUUCUUUGCCGCUCUUCUGUUCUACGUGUGGGAAAUGUUUCUUUAACAAGACCGAGCUGGCCAUCCAUGAAAGGAAGCACUCGGGGGAAAGGCCUUUCGGGUGCCAUAUUUGUGGCAAGCAUUUCAUAGCCAAGUCGGUUCUGAACAAGCACGUGCUGAUCCAUACGUCCAUGGAACGAAGGAAAUGA